AUGUUUACCAAGCUUUUUACUCCCGCGGUGGCCUCACUGGCUGGCCUCUCGAGCCUCAUCGGAGUUGUCACUGCUCGACCAUUCCAGGCUGUCCCCGAGUCCCUUGUGGCUCGUGAUACCGCCAUGGCGGUCCUGUCUCCCAUGACCAACUGGGGCGGUAUUGGUGCCGAUCCAAAUGCCGAGCUGUAUGACUAUGAUGUCUUUUACUGGUCCAAUGGAAAUGUCGUGGCAAACUUGACCUGCUCCGGUGGCAAAAACCACAAGAUGCUUAAUGUUGCCCGAAUGGGCGAUAAUGUCCAGGCAUUGGACUGCUCGAACCCCGGAGAGCUGACCAUGACCUUCAAGGACAUGGGGGCAAAGGAGUCCGCCAAAGAGGAUUGGAAGUGGGUUGAUGAGAAGAAAGCCCACACCAUGGUCUUGGUUGUCGAUGGAGGCGAAUGCGGCGGGCCCGACGGCAGAAAGCAGUACGCAAUCUCCAGCAUCAACUAUGAUAGCUCCAAUCCCACGGCCACCUUUUGCAGCAAACCAACUGCCUGGGACGACUUUGUCGAAGACUACACCCUGAGAGUCAAAUCCGGAGCUUUCGAUGAAGACGACAAGAGUUUGGCGAAACGAAUUGGCGGCAGCGGCUCCAUCAGCAUCGCCAAUGACUUUUCCAAGAACCUGUUCUCUCAAGACUUCGGCGGUGUUACGCUCAGCGUGGACUGCGCCCACUGCGCUACCACUGGAUCCAUCGACUUUGACUUCCAAAUUGGCCUUUUUGAUGGCCUCACCGGAUCCAUCGUUGCUAGGAACGGGCUCGGUGCCAGCGUUGGCCUCGGAGUCACGGCUUCUGGAGAACUCACCUCCCCCGUCGAUAUCGCCUCCAUCAGACUCCUCAACCUCCCCCUGACUCCCAUUUCAAUUGCCGGAGUUGCUACUUUUGGUCCUGAGAUCAAUGUUGACGCCGUUGCCGGUCUCUCGGCGGUCUCUGGUCAGGUUUCAGCUGACUUUGGCGUCGCCAUGGUUAUCCCCGACGGCACUACCCUCCGCGUUGGAGGUGACUCCGACGCCAUCAACCCGCAGUUCAACAAGAUUGGUCCCACCAUUAGCGCCUCAGUCCAGGUCACCGCCAGCCUGGGCCCUGUCGUCACCUUCGACAUUGCUGCCACGGUCUUCGGCAAGGGUCUCGUUGCUGGUCUCGGCCUCGCCGCCCCCAAGCUCGAUGCUACACUGACUGCUUCGGCUUCAAGUGCUGGCGGCGUGUGCGGUAAUAGCAAUGCCAUUGCUGGUGUGGAGCUUGAUGUCAACGUUGGCGUUGAGCUCAACAUCUUUGGCGGCUUCGGAUCUGCCGCUGACCAGCCCAACGCGAAGAACAUUUUCAGCACCAGCACCCCUAUCUUUGAUGACUGCCUCGUUCUUACCACUGGAAACAACCAGGGCAACAUCAACGGAAACGAUGGCAUUCGCCCCAAGGUCGGAUCUGUUACCUAUAGCGAUGGCUCUCAGUCUGACCUCUUCAAUUCUGGAGCAAACUCCGAUGAUACUCCUAUCAACCCAUUGUCUGACACCCAGGACAUCCGCACCAUCACCAUCGAUAGCAACACCGGACUUGCUUCGUGUGCUAUUACCACAGCUUUCGACGCCACCAGUGGAUGCGUGGGUGAUUUCUUGUUCAAUGUCGAUGCCGGAACUUCGUAA